AUGUGCUAUAAAUGUAAACAUUAUCAUCUUGGGAUUUGCUAUGAAACCAUGGAUUUCUGCAUCCUGAAGUAUAAGCAAUCCUGUGCUACAGAGAACAUUUAUAUACUCACAAACAAAGGGAGAAGUAUGUAUUAUUAUUCAAAACUGUCAUGUAUGACCAACUGUCAGGACAUCAACUUCCUGGGUGUUGACAUAAAGACAGAGCUCACCUGUUGCGAACAUAGUAACUAUUGCAACCUCCCUAUAGGACUCUAA